AACGCAAACCAAAAAAUCUAAAGCAUUAGAAUUCAGAAGGGAUCAUGACUAGCCAUUACAAGGAUGCCACGUAACCGCUUCAAAACCACAUCCAUUUCCUCUAAAAUACACUACGAACCCCUCUUCCUUUGUAUCCUCCUCCCUCCCCCUUUUCCUCCUCAAAUUCUCACUUUCUCUCUCCUCUGAAUACUCCCCAGGGUAAGCACUCGCAGUUUGUGUGAAAUGGCUGCUUCAUCAGCCUGCCUUCUGGGACAUGGUUCAUCUACCUCAAGCAGUAAAACUAUUUUAAAAGAGAGACUUUUUCAUGGGCAUCUAUUUGCAGGACGCUCAGUACUGUUAAAAUCACAAAAAGCUUUUAUUGUGAAAGCGUCUUCGGACAAGGCACAAAGUGAUGGAAGAAGAGGCUUCUUAAAAUUGUUGCUUGGGAAUGCUGGAGUUGCCUCGACUUUGGUUGCUAGUGGAAAUGCUAAUGCUGAUGAGCAAGGAGUUUCUUCUUCAAGGAUGUCUUACUCGCGAUUUUUGGAGUAUCUUGACAAAGAUAGGGUGCAGAAGGUAGAUUUAUUUGAAAAUGGAACCAUAGCUAUUGUGGAGGCCAUCUCUCCUGAGCUAGGUAACCGUGUGCAACGAGUUCGGGUGCAACUCCCAGGUCUUAGCCAGGAGCUUCUGCAGAAGCUUAGGGAGAAAAAUAUUGAUUUCGCUGCACAUAAUGCACAAGAGGACUCUGGUUCUGUGUUGUUUAACCUGAUAGGAAAUCUUGCUUUUCCACUUAUCUUAAUAGGGGGUCUUUUCCUUCUCUCUAGACGUUCUGGUGGAGGAAUGGGAGGUCCGGGUGGUCCAGGAAAUCCUUUGGCCUUUGGCCAGUCAAAAGCCAAGUUUCAGAUGGAGCCUAAUACUGGAGUAACUUUUGAUGAUGUUGCUGGUGUUGAUGAAGCAAAGCAGGACUUCAUGGAGGUAGUGGAAUUCCUGAAAAAACCUGAGAGGUUUACUGCUGUUGGAGCUCGCAUCCCUAAGGGUGUUCUUCUUGUUGGCCCUCCAGGGACUGGAAAGACCCUGCUAGCUAAGGCUAUUGCUGGAGAAGCUGGUGUUCCUUUUUUCUCCAUUUCUGGGUCAGAGUUUGUUGAAAUGUUUGUUGGUGUGGGAGCAUCUCGAGUGCGUGAUCUUUUCAAGAAGGCAAAGGAAAAUGCUCCUUGCAUUGUGUUUGUUGAUGAAAUAGAUGCAGUGGGAAGGUCAAGGGGUACCGGUAUUGGAGGAGGAAAUGAUGAAAGGGAACAGACACUAAAUCAGCUUCUGACUGAGAUGGACGGAUUUGAGGGUAACACUGGUAUAAUAGUUGUUGCUGCAACUAACCGAGCAGACAUUCUUGACUCUGCCUUGUUGAGGCCUGGACGUUUUGACAGACAGGUAUCGGUAGAUGUUCCUGAUGUACGUGGACGAACAGAUAUCUUGAAGGUCCAUGCUAGCAAUAAGAAAUUUGAUGGCGAUGUCUCCCUCGAGGUUAUAGCUAUGCGAACACCUGGUUUCAGUGGUGCUGAUCUGGCAAACCUCUUAAACGAAGCAGCUAUUUUGGCUGGACGCCGUGGAAAGACAGCAAUUUGUUCCAAAGAGAUAGAUGAUUCAAUUGAUAGGAUCGUAGCUGGAAUGGAAGGAACCGUAAUGACUGAUAGUAAAAGCAAGAGUCUUGUGGCGUAUCAUGAAGUGGGACAUGCCAUCUGUGGAACUCUGACUCCUGGGCAUGACGCUGUCCAAAAAGUGACCCUCGUACCACGUGGUCAAGCACGAGGACUCACCUGGUUCAUUCCUUCUGAUGACCCAACCCUCAUUUCAAAGCAGCAACUCUUUGCAAGAAUUGUUGGUGGUCUAGGUGGCCGAGCUGCGGAGGAAAUCAUCUUUGGUGAAUCUGAAGUCACCACUGGAGCAGCUGGUGAUUUACAGCAAAUCACUGGUUUGGCUAAGCAGAUGGUGACUACUUUUGGAAUGUCCGAUAUUGGUCCAUGGUCUCUUAUGGAUGCAUCAGCACAAAGUGGAGAUGUUAUAAUGAGAAUGAUGGCAAGAAAUUCCAUGUCGGAAAGGCUAGCUGAGGAUAUUGAUAAUGCUGUGAAGAAAAUUACAGACGAAGCUUAUCAGAUUGCCUUGACACACAUAAGAAACAACCGAGAGGCCAUUGACAAGAUUGUUGAUGUUCUUCUAGAAACAGAAACCGUUAGUGGGGAUGAGUUCCGAACUCUUCUCGCCGAGUUUACCGAGAUUCCCGUGGAAAACCGUGUACCUGCAGCAGCAGCUUCCCCUGUAACUGUAUAAGCAUAUAUAUAUACAAUCAGGUGUUCUCUCUUCUUGUUCAUCUAUACCAAGUUAUACCAUCUCCUAUUUGGAGUUUUGACCAUAUUAUUCUCAUGUAAUUUAGACACUGUAUAAUUGUAAUUAAUUAAUUAAUACUUGGAAUCUAAUUCCUUUGUGCUGUC